AUGUCUGCGCUGCACGUCUCGCGUGUCCGGGCCUUGUAUCGGCGCAUUUUGCUGCUGCACCGGGUUCUGCCCCCAGACCUCAAAGACCUUGGCGACCAGUACGUGAAGGACGAAUUUAGGAGGCACAAGACCGCUGGUUCUAAAGAGGCCGAGCGAUUCCUGCAGGAAUGGGAGGCAUAUGCAGCAGUGCUGUGGCAACAAGCUAAUGAAAACAGACAAAAUUCAACUGAAAAAGCAUGUUUUGGAAUCUCCCUACCAGAAGAAAAACUUGAUGACUUUCGUGAUGAACAGAUUGGACAAUUGCAGGAACUGAUGCAAGAAGCCACUAAACCCAACAGGCAAUUUAAUAUUACUGAGUCUAGGAAACCAAAGUUUUAA